AGAAGAAUCAUAUAUCCAAAGUGCCAGAGUCUCACCGUUCAGUAAAAAGUAUCAGACCAUAAGCAACUACGAUGCUUAGCUCCGCCACUCUCACCCGGAAGACACCACUCCCCUUCAGUUCUCUUGGGUUUUUCGGUAAUAGAACAUCGAACUUCAACCGAAGGAGGACUCUUACUGAAGCUGGUUCGAGCAGGGCACUUUCGUUUGGGUACAACAAUGGUUCGGUGAAUUGUGGUCGUGUCAAUUUUUCUGGGCGUUCAAGGACUGGGUUUGGACAUCCGGUUCGUGUCUCUUCGGUCUCUGGUGAAAGUUCAGGUGACUCCGGCGGAAUUGGUGGUUCAGGUGGAGGUGGUGGUGGUGAUAAUUCCGGCGGUGGAAGUGAAGGCAGUGGCGGAAACGGAGGCAAGUGGUCAUUUCUGUCAUGGUACUUGGCUCUUCUAUCAAACUAUCCUGUUUUGACUAAAGCUGUGACAUCAGCAAUUUUGACUCUCAUUGGUGAUUUGAUAUGUCAGCUCACAAUCAAUAGAACCUCAUCUCUGGACAAGAAGAGGACACUCACUUUUACCAUCUUGGGAUUAGGGCUGGUCGGUCCAGCAUUGCAUUUCUGGUAUUUGUAUUUAAGCAAAGUGGUGACAGCUUCAGGAUUAUCAGGCGCAGUUUUGCGUCUUUUACUAGACCAGUUUGUUUUUGCUCCUGUUUUUGUUGGAGUUUUCUUAUCAGCAGUUGUGACACUUGAAGGAAAACCGUCACAUGUCAUACCGAAGCUGAAACAGGAGUGGACUGGUGCAGUGCUAGCAAAUUGGCAGCUGUGGAUACCAUUUCAGUUUCUUAACUUCAGAUUUGUUCCACAAAACUUUCAGGUACUGGCUUCGAACGUAGUGGCUUUGGCUUGGAAUGUGAUUUUAUCUUUCAAAGCUCACAAAGAAGUUGUUCCAAAAUAGGCAAUGUUUCGUUCCCUACAAGCUACAUGCGUGUGUUGGAUUGUAAUCAGCAGAGUUUUGGGGGCAGAGAGUGUUUGUCUGCUGAUUCAAAUGUUUGGUGUUCCAGAACAAAUAUCUUGAGAUUGUAUGAAUGUAGAAACGAGCUCGUCUUUCAACGUUUUGGCUUUCCUAGGCCAUCUCAACCUUUCCACUUUUAUAAACCGCGCUGAAUUGCUGUUUCGAAAUAUAUUAAAAUUUCCUUUA